AUGGAGCUUUCACCACGUCCGAAGAAGCGGCAGAGACGAAAAGUGGAUGAACCAAUCAAACUCUGCACCAAUUGUUUGAACCUCUUUACGGUCUUUAGGCAACAGGAAAUGGGUGCUCUGGGAGGUUAUAACUUUUGUAACCUGUGCCCAAUCUUCAGCACCGUCCAUGACCUAAAACGAUCUAUGAGAAGAUGUCCAAUGUGUUCGAUGAUGUGGACGCUUCUUAGGAAAAAAUAUGAUACCGCUUUCUUGAAUGAAAAGAUUGACAGCGGCUCCAAGCGUACCGGCAUUUAUGCUGUCUAUAACGAAGAGGGAUGUACUGAUGUAGAAUCUAUUGUGCCCUCCAAAAAAUAUCUUCGAUCUGAGAUGUUUCUUAGGCGUUCUGUUGUAGAUUCUCUACUUCAACUUUCCCUUUCUUUACGCAUUGGGGCCCAAUCUUCAUACAGGUACUCUGCUCAACAAUACACGUUGGAUGAGGAGCUUCUUGUUUCAUGUCAGACAGAGAACGAAUGGACCCGACAGCUUGGCAUCCCAAUCGAUCAAAGACUACAAGAUGAAGCGAAAUUCACGCUCAUGAAAAAAUGGGUUUUUGAAAAUCCAGGUGCAGUCGCGCUCCCUGUUGCCACCUUCUUCCCUACUCGGUUGCUGCAUGUCGGCGAGGACAAAAACAUCAGAUUAGUGGAUAUUACAGAAGAGAAGAGUUUCCACAUUACAGCCGGAAAGGAAGAGCCUUUGCGAUAUGUUGCCCUCAGUCACCGAUGGGGAGCAUCUCGACAUCUCACAAGCACGCGUGAAACUGUGAACAAGUUGUAUUCUGGAAUUCGUGUCGAAGAUCUACCUAUGACAUUCCGAGACGCGUUUAGCGUUAUUUCCCGGCUUGGGUUAUCUUACCUUUGGAUCGACGCAUUGAAGAUGGGCGAUGUGUAUGGACAAGCGUUGUUCACGAUUGCCGCACAUUGUGCCAUUGACGAUUCUGAGGGAUUUCUGGCUAAUUCUCUGUCGAAACGUCGAGCAGUGGAGUACAAUCUGGAUUCGGCGACCACGAUACAGAUAUACCGUCCGCCAGACAUGGAUAUGGAUGUAACUGGCAGUCAACUGUGCAAGCGAGGUUGGGUCCUGCAAGAGCGGUUUCUGUCACCUAGGACCAUUCAUUUUACCGAAGGCCAGAUCUACUACGAAACUGCUGAGGGUAUUUCAUCUGAAAGCGGUCCUCUGGAAUCAGGGUCAUCAUCGGCAGACACAUUAGCUGAACUGCUUGAAUCACAGUUCUUUGGACCCUCUGCAGCACCCAACCUGCGUGCCUGUUUCGAAUUUAGCACUGGCCAUAUGGAACCUUCAAACGAUAAUUUGGCGAAAGAGAACACCGGUACCCCACUGGAAUGGCUAAACCUGGUUGAGAUGUAUUCAAAUUGCUAUUUGACCAACGAAGGAGACAAGCUUAUGGCCAUAGCUGGAAUGGCCCAGAAGGUCCAUCAUUAUACCAAGGUUCCAUACUGUGCCGGAAUCUGGGGCGACCGCAUUUGCGAAAGCCUGCUAUGGUUGCCUAAAGAACCUCUUUCAUCUCCUGUUGUACAACGAGCGCCGUCAUGGUCUUGGGCCUCAAAAGUUGGACCAGUACAAUUUCUCAGGUGGCAUCGCUUUAUAUCAUCAUGCAAACUAAUCGGGGUCAACACCGAACUUGUCGGAUCAACAAAUGGCCGCAACUAUUGGCUGAAUGGACCUGGAUCCCUGCAACUCGAGAUAGAAAUCAUACGAAUGCCAAAGGCAACUAUUUCAAACAGCAAAAAGGUGCCUUUUUCAGCUGACUCCAAAAUGAAUUACGGAAAUACAGUCGAUAUGAGCAUGGUUAUAAACAAAGAGGACAGGUAUUGGACCGGAUGGCUUGCUUUUGAUACACAAGGUCAUAAUGCCUUUGAGUAUAUGACUUUUGAAAGAAUGGUAAAGAUUCCAGGUUUCUGUUUUGGUGUUGUAGGGUACAGUCAAGAUUCCAUAAACAAGUAUGGUGACACUGUACUGUAUGGAUUAUUUCUUACUCGUACCGGACCUGAAAGCAACGAGUAUAGGCGGGUUGGGUUUGGGAUACUCUCCGCUGAACAUCUACGGGAUAUGGCUUGUCCACUUCAUAAUUCCACUAUACAAACCAUUUCGAUUGUCUAG